AUGUCGUCGCCAAGGAACACGCUCAGCCCGGCGCCCGGCGCAGCGUCGACGGCCGCCGGGCAGCCACGAUCAUUCUCGUCGUCGCUGCUGCGAGAUGAGUUGACAGCUCGGCUCGCCGAGCCCAUUCCCUCGGGACAUACUCCCACGCGAAGCGACUCGCCGGCCCCGGGCGUCAACAUGCCGGAACACGACUCCUCCUUUGCCGGCAGCCGCUCCUUCGCCCAAGGCCCAGGCGUGUCCGCCCUCGCCGCAGCCCUGUCAGAUUCGCUGGGCCAGUCGCCGCCUCGCUAUGGAACGCCCCCCGCGCGGGUCAACUCGCCUCCGCCGAGGCCACAGUCACCUGCACUACCUGGCCGAGCUGAAACGCCCACAAACUACGGCUCCUUCGACUCGAGGUCUCGCUUUGGGCCGGCAAGCGCCGCCGGGCCGUACGAAGACCCCGAGAUAAUCAAACGUCACCUGGUCCAGCCUGGCGAAUCGGAAAACUUGCCUUCUGAGGAAUCGUCGACCUUAGGCACCGCGCGAGGAAAGCAGCCAGCCGACGCCAGCUCCGGCCUCCGCCAAGAUGAGUUCUCCAGCUUGCGGCUGCAGGGAGGAGACAUCACUCGCGGCAUCUACAAAUGGACAGAGCAGGCCGAGGCCAAGGGCAAGCUUCACCGCAGCAAGAGCUUCGACCACUCGCGGCCAGAGCCAGAGACCGAUGUCUUCGACAUCAACUCGAUCAAGGUGCCCGGAGGCUUCCGAAGAAACCAUCUUCGCCGAAGCGCCAUGAGUCCCGGUCGAGAACAGCCCCGGCUCUUCACCUCGAGUUUCCUCGAGUUUCUGACCAUUUACGGCCACUUUGCGGGCGAAGAGCUCGAGGAAGACGACGAGGCGCUUGGCCCCAACGAGGAAUUCUGGUCGGGCAAUUACCCUCACGGCGAGGGCAGCGAAGACGAGAGGGAAGCCAUGGAAGACAGCGCGCUGCUUUCGUCGUCGAAAAGGAUGCGCAAGCGCAAGCCUCGCGGGGGCAGCGGCAAAAACAGUCCACUCAACGCAGCCCUGCUGCUGCUCAAGUCGUUUGUGGGCACCGGCGUCUUGUUCUUGCCUCGCGCAUACCUCAGCGGCGGCAUGUUGCUCAGUAACGUCGUGUUGCUCUGCCUUGCCGGCCUGAGCUACUACAGCUUUGUGCUCCUGGUCUCGAGCCGGAUGAAGGUGGACGGUUCCUUUGGUGACAUGGGCGGCAUCCUUUACGGCAAGUGGAUGCGGACUCUCAUCCUUGGCUCCAUUGUCAUCAGCCAAAUCGGCUUCACGGCCGCCUAUACCGUCUUCACCGCGCAGAACCUGCAGGCCUUUAUCCACGCCGUGUCUGACUGCAAGUCUUCGAUCAGCAUCCCCCUGUUGAUUCUCAUGCAAAUGGUCAUCUUCCUGCCCUUUUCCCUGCUACGAGACAUUGGCAAGCUCGGCUUCACAGCGCUCAUCGCAGACGCCUUCAUCUUGAUUGGGCUGGCGUAUCUUUUCUACUACGACGUCCUGACGCUCCAUGCCAACGGACUUGCGGAUAUCAUCAUGUUCAACUCCAAGGACUGGACCCUCUUCAUCGGCACCGCAAUCUUCACGUUUGAAGGCAUCGGCCUCGUCCUGCCGAUCCAAGAAUCGAUGAAGCACCCGCAAAAGUUUCCGCGCGUCCUGUUCCUCGUCAUGAUUAUCAUCACCGUCGUCUUCAUUACCAUGGGAGCCAUCUCGUACGCCGCGUACGGAUCCAAGACAGAGACGGUCGUCCUACUGAACCUGCCCCAAGACGACAAGCUGGUCAACGGCGUGCAGCUUCUCUACUCGGUGGCCAUCCUGCUCUCAACGCCGUUGCAAAUCUUCCCAGCCGUCCGAAUCGCAGAGACGGAGCUCUUCACGCGAAGCGGCAAGUACAACCCCUACAUCAAGUGGCAGAAGAAUGUCUUUCGGUUCUUUAUGGUGAUGCUCUGCGCGGCCAUUGCGUGGGGCGGUGCGGACAACCUCGACAAGUUUGUCGCGCUGGUUGGCAACUUUGCGUGCAUCCCGCUGGUCUACAUCUAUCCGCCCCUGCUGCACUACAAGGCCGUGGCGCGAAACAGGGCCUGGAAGAUUGCCGACGUCGCGCUCUGCAUUUUCGGGUUCUUCGCCAUGGCGUACGCCACAAGCCUCACCAUCAUGAGCUGGGCCAACGCGGGAGCCAAGCCCCCCGGCUACUGCGAGAGGAGAUUGCCAUGA